AUGGUUAGCCAACCCUUCCUUUGUGGAGUUUGAAAGAGCACUGUUUCUGUACUUUCGGAUGUCUUUUUGAAUUCAUACACUGUUAAAUUAUUGCAAUUCAAGAAUUAUUGGAAAAAUUCAGGCAGAUUAGACUAUGAAGAGGCCUGGGGCUGGGGCUAUGGAGAUAUGGAAAUUAUCGUUAAAGGACUUAAAAUGAAAGCAUUUAAUCCUGACUAUUUCUGUGAAAUUACUGUCCCUAUUUGCCACCAAGAAACUUUUAGAAAAUUAACAAGAGAAGGAUAUGCUGAUAGAAUUUUGGCUAAUAAGCCAGAAAUCAUUAAGAAUAAUGAUUUCAUAGAUAAUUUGUAUGAAGAUAUUAAGACUUCUCAAGAUAACGGUGAGAACAGAGAGACCAUCACUGUUCAUCAUUUCUCUGAUUUCCACUGGGAUUUGGAAUAUCUUGAGGGAGAAAGCAAUUCUUGUUCAAAAUUAGUCUGAUGUAGGCCUAAUCUCAAACCAACUCCAAGUGGAGAUGAAGAAAAGGCUGGAAAAUGGGGUGAUUAUCAUUGUGACACUAACCCGAAAAUGACUGAGAAAUUGACUUCUGCUCUGAAAAAUUUGAAAAAGCCUGAGUUUACAAUUUGGACUGGGGACAAUACAGACCAUGGGAUUUACAACAGUAGUAAACUUUCGACUAAGGCUACAAUUGAGAUUACAAAGUAUUUACAGAAAACCUUCCCUGAUAGCGUUAUUUUCGGGAUUCAUGGAAAUCACGAGAUGGGACCAACAAGUAAUCAAAACUUCACAGAAGGAUCUGAGUUAGCAAUGAAACUUCUUGCUGAAAGCUGGAAGGACUGGAUGUCUCCAGAAGCUUAUGAGGAAUACAGAGACAAGAGCUUUUACUCUAUGUUGAUUUCAGAGCAUCCAAAAGUUUCAAAAUCUAUAAAGGAAAAGUUUAAGAACGUGAGAGUUAUUGGUUACAAUUCUCAAAACUGUGACUUCUAUAAUCGUUAUAUUCUUGGAACUCUCGGAGACGCCUUGGAUCAAUUUAAUUGGCUGGAGAAUUUGCUACAGGAGAUGGAGAGGAAGAAUGAAAUUGGUAUCUUUUUCUCCCAUAUCUCACCUGGAAUGGAUGCCUGCUUUAGUGAAGUCUCUGCUAGGAUUCAGGUGUUGAUGGACAGAUAUCAACAUGUGCUCCGUCUUAAUCUAUUCGGACAUACUCAUAAAGAAGAGUUUGAGGUUGUUAGAGCUAUCAAAGAUAAGAAGCCAAUCGGAGUUAACCACUUAGCACCAUCGAUUACAACAAUUAAUACCCAGAAUCCUUCUUUCAGAGUCUUUACUCUGGAUGCUGAAACAUUAGUGCCUGUCUCAAUAGACACCUACACUCUUGACCUAGAAAAAGCUAAUAAGGAUGACAAAUUUGCUGUAUUUGAGAAGAACCAUGAAGUGACUGAGACCUACGGAAUGAAGGAUCUAAGCCCAUCUUCUUUCUAUGAAUUAGCUCUAAAGUUUAAAGACAACGAAGAUCUUGCGUUAAAGUUCCAGAUCAACAGACAUGCUGGAUCUCCUGCAUAUCCUGCUGAGAAAGGAUGUGAUGAGACUUGUAGAAGAAGACUUUCAUGUAUUACUUCCAACUCUGUCUACUCCGAUGUUAGAAAAUGCUACAAUUGGAGUGAUAUUUCUGGGAGUUUCGAGAGAAGGAGCUACCUCUUUGAUUUCCUAUAUGGAUAUUGGGUAGAAGAAAUUUAA